CCAGCAGACCAUGCUGAGAACCAGCUUCACUGCAGUGACAGAGCUAUCAUAGACUCCAAAGCUCUAGAAUACUACAGACACUGUGAACAGCACAAAGGAUCACGUCUCAUCGUCUCUCACCAUGUGCAGAGGACUGGAAUCACUGCCUACCACAUGUCUGGAGAGGGCAAAGGAACUCAAAGCUCUCUUUGGAAGUUUUCUACAGAAGCCAGAUCUGAGCAUCAUCGGUCACUCACACAAGACCGACAAACUAAGGUUAAAUAAGAGUGAACCAUUAAAAUGGAAGGAGUCGUUUGAGAACCUGCUGUCCAACCAAAAUGGACUGUGCUUGUUCCGUGCUUUCCUGGUGUCGGAGUUUAGCGAGGAGAACAUAGCUUUCUACCUGGCCUGUGAAGACUACAGGAUAACCAAGCCCUCCUCAAAGCUAUCGGCUACAGCUAAGAAGAUCUAUGAGGAGUAUGUCUGCAGUGACGCACCAAGAGAGGUCAACCUCGACCAUGAGACCAAAGCCAUCACCAAGAAGAAUCUGGAACACCCCAGCCAGUCCUGUUUCAGCCUGGCCCAGGAGAAGAUCUACGCCCUGAUGGAGAAAGACUGCUACCCUCGCUUCCUCAAGUCCCCCACCUACCUGGAGAUCAGUCGGCAGGUCAAAUCCGGUUAAGACCAUUUAUGGCUUGUUAAGACUGGUUAAGGCUGGUUGAAGCUUGUUAAGACUGGUUAAGGCUGGUUGAGGCUUGUUAAGACUGGUUAAGGCUGGUUGAAGCUUGUUAAGACUGGUUAAGGCCAACCUGCAGGUGGUGAAUGAGACACGAAGAAGUCCAUGGGAGACAUGCUGAAUAGGACACACUGGAAACCAGGUGGUCUCACUAGGGUCCUCCUCAGUGGAGGAAGUGCUGCUGGGUCAAACCUAUGGAGGGGGGGACUGAAGAUGUAUACUAGAUUGAACUGGAAGUCAGUCGGAAGUUGACACUGAAUCUUGUCUGUGGCCUAGGAAAGAAGGCCGCUCACUGUGAAGAUUGAGGUAUCUAAGUCUGUAAAAGAGGUCUGUGAAGAUUGAGGUAUCUAAGUCUGUAAAAGAGGUCUGUGAAGAUUGAGGUAUCUAAGUCUGUAAAAGGUGAACAUGUGUCUUGAGGUCAAAGACACAUGAAGAAGUUCCUGUUCAUGGUGUUUGAGCAGAAAGAACAAUGUGAUGGAAAAGGACUGCUUUGCACAAUCACUGAGAAUGUGUUAUAGUUUUGUAUUGUCUGAUGCCUGUAUUUAUUUGGGUAUUUAUUAGUAGUCAUUUUGUUAUAGAAAUUUAUUGAAAUGUUAUUGAAAUGUUUGUACUGUAGAGUGCACUGGACAGCACUGUCCUGUACCGUUCCACAACAUUUUUUAUAUUUGUGUACAUUUUUUGUACCCAGAACUCCUUAUGUGAGAGGAAAUUAUUUGAAUAAAAUCGGAAACUAUAUAAAACAA